CGACCCUUUCGGCGGGACGAGGGUAUCCGGCCGUAGCGACAAGUUGAAGCUCUCCGUCGGAUCUGUGUCAGCUCUGCUCGUAGCGCUGCUUCCCCCUCCGGUCUCCCAGCUGUAAGCAUGCUGUCACUCGCUCUUAAGCAGCUCACCCGGCCCUUGUGCCAGCGGGCCUCCGUUCGUCUCGGUGUGCGGUUCCAGCAGUCCCAUGCAGCCACUCGUACGGCAGAUGAAGACGGCUCCUGGACCGGACAGGAGAGCCUGGCUGAGGACGACCCAGAAAUGUGGGCUCUGCUGCAGAAGGAGAAGGACAGACAGUGUCGUGGUUUGGAGCUUAUUGCCUCUGAGAACUUCUGCAGCCGUGCAGCUCUGGAAGCUCAGGGCUCAUGUCUGAACAACAAAUAUUCUGAAGGCUACCCAGGGAGAAGGUAUUAUGGUGGAGCUGAGGUGGUUGAUCAAAUCGAGCUUCUGUGUCAGAAGCGAGCUUUGGAGACCUUUGACCUAGACCCAGAAAAGUGGGGCGUCAACGUCCAGCCAUACUCUGGUUCCCCCGCCAACUUUGCUGUCUACACGGCUGUACUCAACCCCCAUGACCGCAUCAUGGGCCUGGACCUGCCCGAUGGAGGACAUCUAACCCAUGGCUACAUGUCAGAUGUGAAGAGGAUCUCUGCAACGUCAAUCUACUUUGAGUCCAUGCCUUACAAGUUAAAUCCUGCAUCGGGACUCAUAGACUACGAGCAGAUGGAGAUGACAGCCAAGCUGUUCCGGCCCAAGCUCAUCAUCGCUGGCACCAGCGCCUACGCUCGCCUCAUUGACUAUGCCCGCAUCAGGAAGCUAUGCACAGACAUUAACGCGUACAUGCUCGCUGACAUGGCCCACAUUAGUGGCCUGGUGGCAGGCAAGGCAGUCCCUUCACCAUUCGAGCACGCUGACCUGGUCACUUCCACCACACACAAGUCCCUCAGAGGAUCCAGGGCCGGCCUUAUCUUUUACCGUAAGGGCGUCCGCUCGGUGGACAAGAAGGGGAGGGAAAUCGCGUACAACCUGGAAGACAAAGUCAACUUUGCAGUGUUCCCGUCCCUGCAGGGUGGACCUCACAACCACGCCAUCGCUGGAGUAGCUGUGGCUCUCAAACAGGCUCAGUCUCCUAUGUUCAGGGAGUAUAUUGCCCAGGUACUAAAGAAUGCAAAGGCCAUGGCUGCAGCUCUCCUCAGCAAAGGCUACACCCUGGUAUCAGGAGGAACUGACAACCAUCUGGUUCUGGUGGACCUGCGACCAAAAGGCAUCGACGGAGCUCGGGCUGAAAGAGUUCUGGAGCUCGUGUCGAUCACGGCCAAUAAGAACACGUGCCCCGGAGACAAGAGUGCCCUGACCCCCGGGGGCCUCAGGCUGGGCGCUCCAGCUCUGACUUCCAGACAGUUCAAAGAAGACGACUUUGUGCAGGUUGUCGAGUUUAUGGAUGAGGGUUUCAAGAUCGCUUUGGAUGUCAAGAAAAAGACAGCAAAGCUCCAGGACUUCAAGAACUUCCUCCUCCAGGACCCGGAGACGGUGGCUCGCAUUGCAGAUCUGCGGCACCGGGUGGAGGCUUUUGCCAGGCCGUUCCCCAUGCCUGGCUUCUACGACCAUUAGGCGGAGUCACAGGUCUGUAACAGCCAGGUGGCAGACAGCUGGCUGGGCAGAAGUGUGCUCGGAGAAAAUGGAAAAAUGUCAUGGUAGUGAAAUGUGGAUGGUGCCUGAGAAUUAGGAUGGCGUUAGUUCAUUUUUUUUCUUUUUUCAUUUUUGGAGUCAGACCUGCGAAGAGACUUUUUUUUUUUUCAUACUUCUUUGCUGCCAUUCAUUGAUCUAUUCUUGAAAAACCAGGCUUCAGUUUGAAGGAAAUUCAAAAAGGAAAAAAAAAAAAAAGAGAAACAUGACAGAUUUUUGCAUCGCAGAACAAGCUUCUGUCUGUGGCGUGUGAGAUUAUUCUCAGCUGUCUUCACACCGUUUAUUUAAUGCAAGUGUGAAGAAAAGAAAAACUCGUCAAAUCAAAGAAACACAAACGCUUGAUUCAGUCUCUGACUUUAUAAAAACUUAGUAACUUUAGGACACACUCAGUCUUAAUUUUCUUAAAGGUUCCUGACCUGCUUCAGCGUUAUCAUAUUUACAGUAAGAGUUGUUUGGGACAGCUCUGUGGCAUCAUUUUCCAUUUAGGAACCAGGGAUAGAGGAGUGGAGGAGUAUUCUGUUAAAGUCUUAAUUUCUCUCUGAAAAGAUGCAAUUCAAUUAAAAUAUCACAAUAUUAAAAAAAAAAUGCUAUUAAAAAUAUUUUAAGCUUUUCUUUCUAAUGCAAACCAACUCUAGAAAGAAUUAUCAGAAGAGAUACAAAACAUUAUAUUUUACCAUGAUAUAGUUUAUUAAAACAAAAGUAGAAACAGAACAUUUUUCACUCACCUUUAGAUAAUAUGGUUUGUGUUUACCUGACUGGUGAUGAUGUCACUUUCCUUUGACACUCCGUUUCUUUCAACAUGUUGUAGAUGUCAGGUUCGAAUUGUCUUGUACUUACCUCUAAAAACAGUGUUAUAAAUGAUCAAAUUGAAUAAAUAGUAUGUGUCAACUAAUAUUUCCGAUCUUACAGUUUGUUUACAAAGAGUAUAUACUUUUCUAUUCAUGGUUUUUAAAAAUGACUAAUGCAGGAUCUUUAUCACGACAAUAUCGGGAGUGUUGGAAACAAAAUUGCUUCUGUGUUAUUUGACUCUUCUUUACAGCCAUGUCUAAUUUAUGACUAGUUUUCAUUGUGUUCUUUUAUGCUCGAAACAGUCAAGAAAUGUAGAUUUAAUAAAGCAUAUGUGAGUGUUUUGCAGUCUGGUUCAGAGUUUAGCACGGUUGUCAUGGUCACUGCAUCAGUGAGAAAACAAGAUUUCUGUUUGAGAAGCCAUCAUAAAACGGCACAAUCGAGAAAUCCGUCUUAGCUCCGAGGUUUUUCUUACUUUGUACAAAGCACAAUCUUCGAAGUAAACUGAUUGCAAAACAUUUUCUCAUACAACAACUUUUGAGCUCAGCUUUUGUGGAAAUAUACCAGGACGUAUUUUUGCUAACAUGUUUAUUCAUCAUCUGUUGGCCUGUGAAUCCUCUAGGACACUGAAACCUUUCGAAACUUUGUUUUACACAAUAUUUUUUGUAAUUUUAUUAGCAUAACACUAAUAAAAUUAUCGUGCAAAUACAA